AUGGAUACAUACAAGAAGGUUAUGAUUGUGGUGAUGUUGUUAGCCAUUAGUAAUAAUAUCAUGUUUGCUAAUGGUAUGACUAUUUGUAAUAUGACAGGAGAAGAGAGAAAACAAUGUGAGCCAUAUGUAAGUGGCAUCAUUAAUAUUAAUUAUAAAAUUCCUAGUCAUGCUUGUUGCUCUGCUACUGCCAAAGCUGAUCUUCAAUGUCUCUGUCGUUACAAGGAUUCAAGGUUGCUUUCUUUCUAUGGUAUUGAUCCUAGAAAAGCCUUAAAACUCCCUGUUAAUUGUAAGCUUGUCAACAACUUCCACUGCAAGUGA